AUGGGCAAGGGGCCCCACGUUCAUCGAAAGCUUGACAACACCGGGUAUAGCUACAGUGGUCGUUCUUUUGGUGUCGGUGCCUCUGUCGGUCUCAUGGAUCAAGGAAUAUCUUCCAACAGCCAAGUCGCCGGCUACACGUUUCAAGAAGAAGGCUACCUCACCAAUGUUACAUGUACAUACAACACUACCUCGAACUUCGUUCUAUCUGGACCAGUAAACGAAUGGAUCUACGCUGCGUCUGGAAAUCUGCCGGAUAGUGUUGACGGCGAGGAAUACUCCAACUACAUUGGCCAUGACGGCAAAGCCAUUGUCGCGAUCGGCGUGGCUUUCAGUGAACGAUCGCCCCGUCGCUUCCUCUCCAUCGCAGCUGGCGAAGCCUAUGGUUUCUUGAACAACACUCAAUGCGAGUUCGGCUUCGAACCAAUGUUGUUCAACGUCACCGUAGAUAUCGGCAGUCUGAACAUCACCGUCAAAGCAGUGGAGCCCUUGCAGGACUUCAAUCCCCAGCGCAACAUUACCCGGACCGCAGUACGCCAGUUUGAAUUAAUGUCUAAUGAUAUGACGAACCUAUACGUCUCCCUACUCGGCGAAGCAUUCAACUCCAGCAUCGCAGCCUACAAAAUGUCUCGUGCUUCAAUGUCCCGCGACCCUUUCACCGAGGAAGAAGCGACCAUAGCCGGCCUCACGAAUUCCAUCACCGCCAUGAUAGACGACAUAUUCAUCUCAUACGCUUCGGCACAGCUCAUGGUCGGACGACUGUUCACGCAACAACCGGCUCGAACAAUGGUCUACGCUUUGCAGUUCGGCCAGCCUGGCUACAUCUACGCCGUCUUCACUCUCAAUCUGAUCAUCAUCUUCGCUGUCUUAGGGGAAGCGACGCGCACGUAUGGCUGGGCAGACCUGGGGCGCUUCAACUACCUGGACCCACGCGAUCUUAUCAUCGCAGCAUCGCGUGGUGGCGCAGAGAUUGCGCAAGCGGCGGACGAUAUCAUGGAGAAGCAAGAUCGGAGGUCGCUGAAGCAUGUUUGGCUGCUAAGUGAUCCAGACGAGGGUAACGGUAGUUUGGUUGUGAAUAUGAAAGGUGAUGAAGAAGGGCAUGUGAAGAUUGAGGUGGCGAGGGCGAAUAGGUCGGGUGUGAGGGCGCCGCUGACGCCGAGUCAGAUUGAUAUAGAGAUGAAGAGUGAGUUUUAUGCUGAGGAAGAGGAGGGGAGGUUCCCGUCGAGUAGAGACUCGGAUUCGCCGCUCAAGGUGGGGAUAUUGGGUGUGAAGUAUUGA